ACACGACUACACGGUAUACGUGAACGAGAGCACUGAAUAUUGAGUGUGUUCUGCUGUAUAGCGAAUGUAGAAAUAUUGGAGAGGUUAUGAUACAAAGAAGUAACUUAUUUCAAGUAUUGCGUUUUUAGAACGAUAUAAACUGUGCGAGUGAAAAUAUCUGAGCCUUUUUUAGAAAAUGAUUAUCAUCUAGAAGAAUUGAAGUCAACAAAACAAAAUUAUGUUCAUCAACCGAUAGAACGACAGUGGAUUUACUAGAUAUACAAUAGAGGCUGAAAGAUCGUUUAAAAAAAAAAGAAAAUAAUGGAAAACCAUUACGCCGGUUUAUUUCGCAUCUUUAUGUUAAACUGUCUUGUUCUAUUUUUAUCUUUCGCGGGAGUGAGAAGCGCACCAGUGACACUGAGUAUCACAGAUGUUAUGAAAAAUGACUCGAAUAUAUGUCCGACAUCCAAAUUUUUGUAUGAUUCAAAGUAUAUGGAAUCUUGUGCAUCCAUGGCAUAUCCUACUACUUCUUUGGACUAUAAUCCAGCAACCUUACCUACAUUUCUGUGUUUAGGAAUUUAUGAUACAGCAUACAAGAUUUGUCAAUAUUCUAGUCAGUUACAAAUUCCUGUCAAUAAUACAGCAUUCAAUUCAUAUAUGGAGAAGUAUGUUCCUAAUGAAAAUCAAGCCCCGACAUCCAAAACAUUUUCGGAAGAUUUUUGCAACAGUCUACAAGGAUUUACUUCGUUAUAUAAUAAAAUAGAUUCACUUUGGGGAGAACUAGUCAAAAGUCUUAAUACACCUCAUCAGUGUAUGAGGAUAUGCUUCGACUUUCAAGAUAAGUUUCGACCAGUAUGCGCAGUAUUUGCUUGGAUCAAAAGCAUUAAUGAUAAUAUAAAAAAUGCAAAGAAAACAGAAAUACUACACGAAUUUCCGGUAUCUGAUAAACCGUAUAUGAAUCAGUCAAAGGAUGAAGUAACGGUUGAUAUUAAAACAAUUGAAUCUAAAAGAAUAGAAACGAAAGAUGAUUUGAAUGAACAGGACAGAAAGCAAAUUGCAAAUAACAUUAAUAAUAAUGUUAAAGAAGGUAAUGUACCGGGUGAUGUAUUGCCUGUAAAAGCUGAUGAAGAAAAAACAAAAUCCGAUACUGAAAAAGUAUAUAUCCAGAAGAAAAUAAAUAAUAUCUCAGAGAUACAAGUUCAUAAAUCAGAAAAAGAGAAUAGGAUUGAUACUAAUCUUGGCACUAAUGCUGAAGUUGCAAAACCGAAAGAUAACAGUGAUUUACAAGUUCCGUCAAUGAACAAUGCUGUAAAUAACAUAAAAAACGCACAGAAAUCUAAUAAAGAGCAGAAUAUUGAUGAUUUUAAACCUAGUACACUAUCAGAAAAUACGCAAGAUCAUUAUGAUGCUGGUAAUCUAGACGAAAAUGUGGAAAAUGAUAUAGAUGAUGUAGAUGAUACACUUCAACAUCCAGAUACAGGAAAUCAAAACGAAAAUGUGCAAGAAAUCUUUGAGCCGAAGAAUAAUAAUGCUAGGCUAACGGAAUAUUCCAAUAUGAGAACAGAAGACGAUUCCCAUUUCUUUACUUAUUUUACUGUGAUCACUUUGGUUUGUCUUGCUGGAUACAUAGGUUAUCAUAAUAAACAGAAGAUAUUUGCUAUUGUAUUGGAGGGUCGAAGAUCAAGAAGUAAUCGUGGUAGGCGGCGACCGAGUACUGCCAGCUACCGAAAACUGGAUUGUACACUUGAAGAAGCUGUUACCUCGCAAUCAUCGAAGCAAUCCGUCAUGAAAUUUAUGAAUAUAUGACAAAAUAUUUGAUAUAAUAUCGAAGAAUCUAAUACUAAUUAUAUUUUUAAUUUACAUUAUACAUCGAGUUAAAUGUAUGAUUUAUAAGGUAUACAAUUUUUAUUAUAUUGCGGUUAACAUCUAUUAAACAAAUUUUAUGUGGUACGCCAGCAAAAUUAACAGCAAACUUGAUCGGAAGUUGCUGAUAAAUUGGCAUACAUUUGUAUUCACAUUAAGUUCAUAUAUUAUGUCGACAGAGCCUAUUGAUAAAACUUAUUAGUAGAUAGUGGAAAGACACAAAUACUGCUCUAUUUCUGUUAUUAAAUUGUAUAGAGAAUAUAAAAUUUAAUAAUUAAAGUUUGCUUGAUUUCUGUUAUGAAUUUAUUAUAUUUUGCUAUGAUAUUUUAUUGAUAAACUUCGUUACAUUUCUUCCAGUAUUCCAGUGUCAACAGUGUUAUGUCAGAUCUGUAACUGUUCUGUCGACAAAAUUUGUUCUCGACAGACUUAAUUGCAUUAACGCAUUGUUGAAGAAUUCGCAAAAAUUUUUAAUUUUUGUAGAUUUAAAAAUUGUAAUUAUCAAGUAAGAUAUGGAACGUUUGAUAAUUUUUUUUAAAUAUAUUUCAUUUUUUGGCUUUUUAAUAAAGUUUUUCGUGGAUAUUUAUAUUAAGUACGCUGCAUAUAUAAUUAGGAAAACAUAUUAUACGUAUUUCGAGUUUAACAAUUUACGAAAAAAUAUAGUAUUAAUUGUAACUAAAUAUAGCACGUUAAACAUGAUUAACUUUGAUACGAAUCAGUAUUCAGACAAUCUAUCAAUUAUAAUUGUUAAUUAAUUUAACGCUAUAUACGAUCACUUGACGUAGUACACGACUUCUUAUCCAUAUAUUUAUCUUUUAUUUUUAACCAGUAUUUUAUAACUGGUUCAAAAUAGCACGCUUUACGUAUAUAUAAUAGCACGUCAAAAUUAAAAAAUAAAUUAAUCUAAUCGCCUAUGUUACUUAUUUUAUUAUCAUCAAUGUUAUUCAGUUUAGAAAGCGGAAUUUCAUGAAGAUUCACGAUAAACUUUCUUAAUAUCAUGUCAAUUUGACUUGAAAACAGGUCUAGUCAUAGAGACACAUAGUUGAAAAGAAAUAUUAUUGAGACACUAACUAAAAUAAGUGAUUGCGCGUGUGAAACAAUCGUAUGCGUGUCGCAGAAAAAUUUGUUGAUAUGUACUACGUCAUUUCGUCUUCCACAUUUAACGAAAACAGAAAUACGUAAGUUCUCUUUGUAUUUGUUUUAACACAUUUCUGAAUUCCAGUUAGAAUUGUGGGUUCUUAUGCCAUUCUGACAACACACAUACAUAUUUUGUUUUAGCACAUUUCACUGAGUUCUUAUUAGCUGUCUAUUUUAAAAAUAAUCACGUGUUGAACCAAUUAUUUUGCGGUUUUGUAGUUAUAAAACGGUGUUUUUCAAUCAAUCUUUUUCUGCAUUGUCUUUUGUCGUUGAAUUAUUACCUAUCAUGUAUUUAUAUAUUUGUCCCUUUUUUCGCAUUACAGCCAUUUGAUUUCUUAUUUUACUUCUACACACUUAUAUGACUCUUUAAUUUUGUUCAAUAAUAACGUUGUGGCGUAUUUAAUUCAGAUUUGUUUAAUCAUUUCUACUUGCUUGUGCAUAAAAAUGAUUCCUUGUAAAUCCAAAUUUAAUUUUUCUGUCAUUAAUUGUCUUUCACUUUUCACAGUACUGUGGCGUAUUUCUUAUUUUAUUAGCUAAGAGCUAUAUUACUAUACACUCAUCAUCACAUGUCUUUUUACAAAAAUAAAACUGGUUAUGCAAUUUUAAA